AAGAGUCGAAUACCGCUAAAUAAAAUAUUAACAUUUUUAAAACUGUCAUUCACUCAUUCUCUUCACUUCAUUACGAUUUGUUGCUUAUUUACUACGACGGAUUGUUAGAGUAAAAAAAAAACAAAAAUAAUUAACUAAUGUUUAAAAAAACAACAAAAUUACACUAUAAAAGAGUUAAAGAUAUGAAAAUAAAAAAAAGUGUUCUAAAACUGUAAAAAAACUAAAAGAAGAAACAGACUGUGCUAAAAAUACGGCAAAGUGAAAUGUAAAGGUGCGAACAUUAUUUUGAAUAAAAUACAGUGAAUUUGUAAUACUGAAAACCACAUUUUUUGCAAAUUAAUAUACGAAUAUUGCUAAAAAAAUACGACACCAUCAAUUAUACAUAAAUUUUUCAAAGCAAAUAAAACAAAUCAUAAAUGGGAUAUUCAAUACAGAAUUCUGAAACGGGUGAGGUAAUCUAUAUACACACAGAUGCGGCCAACGUUAUUAAACCCAGUUAUGACGCCGAAACGGGUGAACCUAUUAUGGAUAAAGUUAAGGUGCGCUAUAUGAAGCAGAAACAUUUUCAAAUACCUAAAAAACUUUUACGGGGUUCGCCGUGUGAGGAAUUCGAGAAGGAAAUGUUGGGUAAAAAUGAGGAAAUCUAUCAAGAACCAUUUGGUAAAAUAACUAAAGAAUCCGAUGUUUUGGCGGAGAAAAUUGAAAAGCCCAAAAAAUUAUACGAAAGAGAAGACUACAUGAACAUGGAGGGAGUAUCAAAUGACAUUAUUUUGGGUUAUAAUAAAUCCAAUUAUCGUAUUCUUCUAUUUCCUACAUUUUUCUUUUUCAACAUUUAUGCCGCCAUGAUUAUUAUGCUUUUGGAAACAUUCUUUCAUUUUUGGGCUCAUUUCAAGAAUGGCUUGAAUAUGGAUAAAAAUUUCUAUUAUCGCAGUCCUUUGCACGUGGUUACUUCACAAUUUUGCGCCAAAUGUCGCUCGGAAUCGGAAAUGGAUGCCAGCAUAUUUCGUGCUUUAAAUAAACAAAUGAGAGCAGCUCGCCAAUCCAAUACAUUGAAAGAUGUCUCCAAGGCAAUUGGUUGAUGUUUACAACUUUUACGAAGAUUUUUUCUGUAAAUGAACAAUUUUUUGUCUAAAUAAUAUUAUUUUGUUAAAUUUUUAAAUUAAACCGGUUUUAAUUUAACUAUUUUCUUUUUUAAAUGCACGG